GAGCUCUGAACUCCCAGGUGCCUGACCAGGGAGGAGGAGGAAAAGGAGAGACCUAUCUGCCAGGGCUGAGGGUGGCCCAAGAGCCAGGCUGUUGGUCCUGGAAUGCCCCAGCCCAAGCCCAGUGAGCAGGAGGGUGAGAGCAUGAAGGCCGACCAGGAGCCAGCUCCCCAGCCUGGCACAGAUGUGGUGCCAGCAGCCCCCAGGAAGCCCAGAAAAUUCUCCAAACUGGUCCUGCUGACAGCCUCCAAAGACAGCGCCAAAGUGGCUGGGGCCAAGCGCAAAGGAGUGCAUUGCAUCAUGUCCCUGGGAGUGCCAGGCCCUGCCACCUUGGCCAAGGCCCUCCUCAAGACUCAUCCUGAGGCUCAACGGGCCAUUGAAGCAGCCCCCCAGGAGCCUGAGCAGAAGCGCAGCAAGCCAGACCCGGAUGCAGAUAGCACAGAAGACGAAGACUCAUCGGGGGUGUCUUCUUCAAGUUCUGAGGAGGACACCAAUGGGCUCCCCAAUGCACCCAGCACUUCCCCAUAAUCUUGGCAGCUGCUGCAGUGAGAGCUGCUGGCUCUAUAGGUUACUUUUGUAAGCAAGAAAUAAAAGAAGAGAGAGAGAAAAUAAAAGAAGCUGUAUGCUAUUU